AGGAGCCACAGUCUGAGUACUGAAGUCAUUAUUGCUUGGAGUCUAUAAAAAGGCACUUGCACAGUAAGUAAUUUAUACGUGGUCAGCCUUGACUCUAUGGAUUUACUCGUUUCUUUUCUUCUAUUUCUGUCAUCUAUUCCAACCAAGGAGUCCCCAGUCUCAGAUGUUGGGUGAGAAGGGGGGCUGAAACUUCUGCUCUCUGGAGGAAAGGUUGCAGGCGAUGAAGAAGAAGAGCAGCUAAAGCAGCAGCUCUGGUAAAUAGGGUCUUUUGCCUUUUGGAAAAUGCAUUUACCACACUCCUUGGCAAGUCCCUCAGAAAGAACAGAACACGUUUACUUCCAGAGAUGAACACAUCCUCUGAACUAUAUGUUUCUGAACUAAACCUGAGUGCCUUUGAUAGCAACUUUACUGUGCCUACUGUGAAGAGCAAGUCAUCACCAUGUGAACAAGUGGUUAUUGCUGCUGAGGUGUUCCUAACUCUGGGCAUUGUAAGCCUCCUUGAAAAUAUCUUAGUUAUAUGUGCAAUAAUUAAGAACAAGAACUUACAUUCACCCAUGUAUUUUUUUGUUUGCAGUUUAGCAGUGGCUGACAUGCUGGUUAGUGUGUCUAAUGCCUGGGAGACCAUAACAAUAUACUUAAUAAACAACAGACACAUUAUUAUAGAAGAUGCCUUUGUUCGUCAUAUAGACAAUGUCUUCGAUUCAAUGAUCUGCAUAUCUGUGGUGGCUUCCAUGUGCAGUUUGCUGGCUAUAGCAGUAGACAGAUAUAUCACUAUCUUCUAUGCCCUGCGUUAUCACAACAUCAUGACAGUGAAAAGAUCAGGGCUUAUUAUUGCAUGCAUCUGGACCUUUUGCACAGGCUGUGGCAUUAUCUUCAUUCUUUAUUAUGAAUCAACUUAUGUGAUCAUUUGUCUCAUCACUAUGUUUUUUACCAUGUUGUUCCUCAUGGUCUCAUUGUACAUCCAUAUGUUCCUCCUGGCUCGUACUCAUGUGAAGAAAAUAGCUGCUUUGCCUGGGUACAACUCUGUGCGUCAAAGAACCAGCAUGAAAGGAGCCAUCACUCUGACUAUGCUUCUUGGCAUCUUCAUUGUUUGUUGGGCUCCAUUCUUCCUUCAUCUCAUCCUGAUGAUCUCCUGCCCUCAAAACCUCUACUGUGUUUGCUUCAUGUCUCACUUCAACAUGUACCUCAUUCUCAUUAUGUGCAACUCAGUGAUUGAUCCUUUGAUCUAUGCCUUUCGUAGCCAUGAAAUGAGGAAGACCUUCAAAGAGAUAAUUUGUUGUUAUAGCCUGAGGAUAGUCUGUGGGUUAUCAAACAAAUAUUAAGAAAACAAAACCAAACCAGGGGAGAGAAUGAAAAUUCAACAUCUUGCCACACCUUGUAAUUCUGCUGAAAUGCCUAUGGAAUAUCUUUCUCCAUUCAGCUGUCAUGAUUCUGUAGCAAUCAGAAACCAUUUUUUAAUGUGUUUUUGCCUUUCUUUCCCUCCACACGCCUCUUUCAUACUGGCGGCAGGAGCUACUCAGUGCUCCUGUAAUAUGGGGAGAAAGAAUAUUUUGAAUCUCAUUUACCCUACUGAAGACUGGAUCUUUUAAGAGGAUUGUACAGGGAAAGCCUUGUUUUAUUUUCUGCUAAAUGCAAGGAGUGUGACCUGCUAUGCAAAUGACCCCAUUAACUUCUCAGUGUGUUUCUCUGAUACUGUCUUUCUAGAUACAACAUGGUUUAUUUUGAUGCCCAGAAUUAACAGGUUUUUGUGCUAGUUCCUUCUGAAGACUGAAAAUCUGA